AAUGGGAAACGUUUGGCUCUCGUUAAUGGCCACUUGCAUACUCUUUGGCUGUGCCAUUGAGCUAAUCCAGGCUGCCGCCCUAAGGCCAUUGGAAACAUCAGAUGGAAUUCCUGCAAAUCCUGUGGCCUAUAAGCGUUGGGUAAGGCGACGUCCUUCGCCGCACGAUCCCACCUUGAGUGUGUAUGAGGUGAGGCAUGUGUAUUUUGUACGCCGCAGCACUACCCCGAAACCGAAACCGGUGAUUGAGCUCAACGACGAGGAUAUGGAUCUACAGAUACGUUGUGAUUUUCAGCCUACCCUACCAGAGUGCAAUGUGAUCCACCAUGGUUCCAGUAGCUCCUCUACAACCUCUACGACAUCAACAACAACAACAACAACAACAAGAACAACAAUACCAUCAACCAGCACCACAACUACCCCUAGCACCACUACAACUACAACCGAUCUACCAUUUCUGCCCACACUGCCGAGUACUUUGGAGCCAAAUGAAGAAACUGAAAGCGUCACAGAUGAAUUAGUUCCCAUUGAUCCAGAUGAAUACAGUGAUGAGGCAACCGAAGAAUAUAAUGACGAUGGUAGUGGUGAGCACGAAGACGAUGCCACUUCCCGAUUUAUUGGUCCAAACGACGUAAGCUUCAAAAACAAUGAGAACGAAUUGAAUGUGUGAGUUUUCCUACAUGUAUAUAGAUGUAGAUAGGAAUAGUUUAGUUCUUCUUCCUUGUAGCCAUAUAAAGUUCAGUUCAAUAAAAUGGAGGGACAAACAAACAAUUGGCAAAUUGUUAUACAUAAUCACAGGGGCACAGGCAGCGAGAGUGUUUUGAACUGUUUGUCUCCAUUCUUUUUGUAACA